AUGAAGAGUAUUCAAAGAGAAUCAAAUGACUUUUCAUCGUUUCUAACAGCAAAUGCUAGUUUAGCUGUGAUUGUUGAUCAAGAAUAUAUAAACAGUAAAGAAAAUAAUAUCUUACAUUUAGUUAAAAAACAUGCUGAAGAUACUGUACGCGAUAAUUUAAAAUAUGGCGGCUUAAAUAUUCGCUAUUUUAGUUGGGGCUCAGUACGUUUAAAAAAAGAUUUUAUUGCUGCUAUUACUGUAUCAGAUUGUCAAAAAACAUGGUCCUUCUUUGAAUCCGCUGAAAUUAAUUCAAUAUUAUUAUUAGCUGUAACUGAAGUUGAUUGCCCUCGUUUACCAAUUGAUCAAGCUUUAAUGAUUCCAUUAACAACAAGAGGUAUAGAUAUCGCUCAAAUGAUUUUAGAUAUUAAAACACAGAGGAUAUUAAAAUGGAAAUCAGCAGCUCUGAUAUAUGAUGAAUCAAUUGAAGACGAAACUUCAUAUGUUAUAGCAUCCUUAGUUCAUGAACAUCCAAAGAAUCGAUUGAGUCCAAUAUCUAUUUUUAUUAAUAAAGCGAGCAAUAAAAAAGAGGAGCGAGAAAUGUCAAUAGAACAGCUUUUAAAAAAAUAUACAGUUUUUAAAUAUAACAAAUUUGUUGUGUUCACAUCUUAUGCAGAUCUAGUAAUUAACGCUGCUUCAAAAUUAAAAAUGUUUACCAGUUUCAAUCAAUGGUUAUUUCUCCUACCAGCCCGUUCAGAUAUCAAAUACAACGUUUAUACUCUAGUACAAAACAUAAGUGAAGGUGCAAAUGUUGCUUUCGCCAGUAACAAUACUAAAGAUAAAUGUCAGGAAUCUAUUUUUUGUACAAUAACGGAGCUUCUUACUGGAUUUGUUAAAUCUCUUGCUAAAAUAAUAAGCGAAGAAAGUGCUUUGUAUGGGCAAAUAUCAGAUGAGGAAUGGGAAGCCAUAAGAUUGACAAAAGGUGAACGACAAAGAGAAAUGUUACGUUUCAUCAGAAAUUACUUAAUUACAUCUAGUAAGUGUGCAGGCUGUUCGGAAUGGAUUUUUCAUUCAGUUUCAUCAUGGGGCUCUGGCUAUCUAGCCAAGAAGUUAGGAUUAAAUGCUUCUCAAAAUUUCGGCUUAAUAAAAGCAGCUAUUUGGAAUUCCAUGUUCGGAUUCCAUAUUAGAGAUACUAUUUUUCCUCAUGUUGAACAUAAAUUUCGAAACAUUUCCGUGAAUAUUCUGACCCAUAACAAUCCACCAUGGCAAAUUAUUUCAAAAAAUCAGGAUGGAACGCUAGAUAUACCAAAAUCAGCAGGAAUUGUUAUGGAAAUAAUAAAGGAGUUAAGCUUAAAGUUAAAUUUUUCAUAUGAUAUUCAUGAAAUUCCGAGUAUAGAAGUCAACCAAAAUGAUGAGGAAAAUCGUUUACCAGGUUCUAUUACAAAUAUAGUACCAUCAAAUUUGCCUGUCAUGCUUGAUGCAACUAACUUUUUAUUUGUGGCGGUUGCGACUACUAUAAAAGAACUUGAAAAUAACAAUUUUAAUUUUACAAUUCCAAUUAGUGUGCAACAGUAUUCUUUCUUAAUACGAAAGCCGGAUGAAAUUAGCCGUAUUUACUUGUUUACAGCACCAUUUACAACACUAGUAUGGGUCGGAUUAAUUUGUUCAGUGAUAAUAACAGCACCAAUUUUAUUUGUGGUUAAUGAACACGGCGCUUUGGACAGUUUGAAAACGAAAGGUUUACAAAAAAUGAAAAAUUGCUUUUGGUACAUUUAUGGAGCUCUCUUACAACAAGGUGGACUUUAUUUACCAAAAGCAGAUAGCGGUCGGCUCAUUAUUGGAAUUUGGUGGAUUGCAGUUAUUGUUCUCAUAACAACAUAUUGCGGAAAUUUAGUUGCUUUUUUGACAUUUCCUAAAUUUGAAAAGGGUUUAACGAACAUUAAUGAAGUUUUAGAAAAUUCUGAUGUUAAAACCUAUGGACUUCGAAAAGAUACAUUUUUUGAGAUUUAUUCAAAGGAUUCUACAAGAGAAGAUUUUAAAAAAUUUGUUGAACGAGCUACAAUAUAUAAUGAUCAAAUAUCAGAAAAUGUUGCUUCUGUUCAAGAUGGACAGCGUGUUAAUAUAGAUUGGAAAACCAAUUUACAAAUGACAAUUCAAAAUCAUUUUACGAAACAAAAAGUUUGUACUUUUGUCUUAGCACCUCAAAGUUUCCUCGAUGAACAAAUCGGACUAAUUAUGCCUAGAGACAGUCCUUAUUUGGACUUAUUUAAUGAAGAAUUGAAACGAUUACUUCAAAUGGGAUUUAUUCAAAGAUGGCAUGAAAAAUAUCUACCUCCACCUGAUAAAUGUAAUUUAAGAAGUUUAUCAAGGCAAAUAGUAAAUCAUAAAGUUGAUCUUAAGGAUAUGCAAGGAUGUUUUGCAUUAAUGUUUUUGGGUAAUAUUAAAGCAGCUUAA